ACGCAGCUCUGGGCCCGCCAGCAGAAAUAGGGCAGCCUUCUAGCAGCGGCAGCAGCGUUUUUCUCUCCGGUCCGCUUUCUGUCAGUCGAGUAGCCAAAGUGAGCACCAGCUGGCUUCUCUCUUUCAGCUAUUGUGGGCAACGGGUCGCGGCUCCCUCCCCAGGAGAGGCGAACCACAACAAACCCGACGCGUGCUGGAGGUGGUUCUCUGCUUCCCCCUCUACUCCUCCUUCUUCUCGGUCCCUCCUCCUCUCUCCCUGCUGCACAUUCGUCCCGCGGCUCCUCCAGCCCUGGACAUUUCAGACUCAAGAUAAUGAAAUCAAGAAAUUUUGGGUCGUUCUUCUUGCUGCUUGAGAUUUAUUUGUCAACCACUCUGGGAUGGAUACAUUCAGAAACAAGCAGAAGUGUUCCCUCAGACAUGGGAGGGCUGCAAAAAAAGGAAUUUAGAAGCCUUGAAGUCACAAGAAGAAAAGUGCAUUUUGGCCAUAAUGGUCUACAUACAUCCUGUGAAAAUAAGCAUUGUGGUCGAGGGAGUCAUUGUAUUGUAAAUGAAGAGACCCAGAUGCCAGAAUGUCAGUGUUUGGAAGGCUGCAAGCCUACCUAUAUGCCAAUAUGUGGAUCUGAUGGCAAAUUUUAUGAAAACCACUGUGAGCUCCAUCGGGCUUCUUGUCUGCAGAAAAAGAAAAUCUACAUUGUCCAUAGCAAGGACUGUUUCUUCAAAGGUGACACAUGUACCAUGGCUGACUACAACCGUCUAAAGCACAUCCUCCUAGAUCUACAAGCUCGCCGCCACUCUCAGAACAGCAUCCUUGUUCCAGAUUCAUCCUCCCAGAAGCAUUUCCUUGUGGAAUCUCUGUUUAAGCACUUAGAUUAUAAUAGCAAUGGAUAUCUCAGCAGCUCUGAACUGACUCAGCUUAUGAAGGAGGGAUCACUGGAAAAUGAUUUUCUUGUUUGUUCACUGGAAGAUCUACUCCGUUUUGAUGAUUACAACAAUGAUGGUUCCCUCAGUUUGCAGGAGUUCUAUACCACCUUCCAAGUGGUUCAUCUGAGUCUUCCUCAGGAACAGAGGAUUAUUGUUACUACAGUGACAGUCGGGCUCAGUACAGUAUUAACCUGUGGCAUUCAAGGGGCCCUCAGGCCACCCAUCAUAUGGGAGCGUAAUGGAAUCACUCUAAAUUUCAUGGAUUUGGAAGAUAUCAAUGAUUUUGGAGAAGAUGAUUCUCUCUACAUUACCAAGGUGACAACUAUUCACAUGGGCAAUUACACCUGUCAUGCCUACGGCUAUGAGGAUCUGUACCAGACUCACAUCCUUCAGGUGAAUGUGCCUCCUGUGAUCCGAGUGUACCCAGAAACUCAGGCCCAGGAACCUGGAGUCUCUGCCAGUCUGAAAUGCCAUGCAGAAGGCAUUCCCACCCCAAGAAUUACCUGGCUAAAAAAUGGCAUGGAUGUGGGACCUAAACUCUCUAAGCAACUCUCUCUCAUAGCCAAUGGAAGUGAACUUCACAUCAACAGUGUGCGUUAUGAAGACACAGGAGCCUACACAUGCAUUGCUAAGAACGAAGUGGGUGUUGAUGAGGAUAUUUCUUCUCUCUUUAUUGAAGACUCAGCCAGAAAGACUCUCGCAAACAUACUUUGGCGAGAGGAAGGUCUCAGUGUGGGAAACGUGUUUUACGUCUUUUCGGAUGAUGGGAUCACGAUCAUUCAACCAACUGACUGUGAGAUCAGGAGACACAUCAAGCCCGGUGAAAAGAUUAUUGCAAGCUAUGAGGAAAUCUGCCCUCAGAUGGAAGGAGAAACUACUCAGUCCUGCCAAUGGGCAUCUGCAGUCAACGUCAGGAACCGAUACAUCUAUGUGGCCCAGCCAGUACUGAGCAGAAUUCUCAUGAUAGAUGUACAAACCCAGAAAGUCCAGCAGGCCAUAGGUGUAGAUUCCCUACCAGCUAAGCUGCUCUAUGACAAGUCUCAUGAUCAAGUCUGGAUUCUAAGCUGGGGAGAUAUGCAGAAGUCUCAGCCAAGCCUUCAGGUAAUACCUGAAGCAAGUGUAGGUGAAAGCCAACCACACAUCAUUCGAGUACCCUUCGAAGGAGUGGAUGAUUUCUUUAUCCCACCUACAAACCUUGUUAUUAAUCACAUCAGGUUUGGCUUCAUCUUCAACAAGUCAAAUUUGACAGUUCACAAAAUUGAUCUUGAAACAAUGAUGCUUGUCAAAACCAUUAGCUUCUAUAACCACAGCUGCAUCCCCCAUGCUAUGGCCUACACCCACUUAGGAGGCUAUUUUUUUGUCCAGUGCAAAAAGAAUCAAACCACCCUUCUUACAUCAUCACAGGUUGUGAUUGACAGUGUUACAGAUACAGUGAUCGGCCCCAAUGGGGACAUCCAAGGGGUGCCCCACAUGUCUCCUGAUGGGCAUUUCUUGGUCAGCACAGAUGAGGAGAGUGGCCGACUCCAAGUGCAGGCCAUAACCACCAGAGGGGAAAUCCAAUUGAUGUAUGACCUACAGACAGAUAUGCACCUCUGUGAUCUGACAUUUCAGCCAUCAUUUACUGAAAGCAACCAAUACUAUAUCUAUGCCACAUCACUUUUCCAAACAGACUUACUUUUUAUGGAGUUGUCAACGGGGAGGGUGGAUAUGCUGAAAAACUUAAAGGAACCUAUUUUAGCCCAGGACUGGCCAUGGGACAGCAACACGAGAAUUGUGAAAGACAGUGGAUUAUUUGGACAGUACCUCAUCACAUCAGCCAAGGAGUCUUUGUUUCUCAUCAACGGGCAACAAAAAACAUUACACUGUGAGGUAUCAGGCAUGAAGAGAGGUAAUACAGUGGUCUGGGUCGGAGAGGUAUGAGAAGGUCUCAAAGCAGAGAAAUGAUGGGACCUUGACACUGCAAUGAAUAAGCAGUAGCAUUGUAUAUUUUUACACUGACGAAAGAAAAAAUCCUGUAUAAGCUUUGUGGUGCAACACUGGUCUCCUUGCAAAUUUUCUAGUAUAAAGUAUGCUCUGCUAACAAGAAUGGGGAUUCCUAGGGGCUUUUCAUUAGGAAGUAUGAUUUAUGCCUUGAGCUGUGACGAGAACAUAUGCUGCAUAAAGGACUCAUUUCUGGGCUGAAGUACAAGCCACUUGUUGAUGUCAUACAACUGAAAACUUGUACUUUUCUGGGCUGAUAAACUUGUCAAUUGUGCUCAAGUGGUCAGUCUCUUUUUCCAUCUGACUCAGCCCAGCUCCUCUUAACUUUAGGCUUUAUAGCCUAUGGGCAGGAUCCUUAAAAUAGAGGAAAUGUGGAAGAAAUGAAGAAGCUGAUGAAACAUGGACAUUGAGAUGAAGUGAUCUAGAAAAAUGUGACUACCUUCUGCCCCAAGCGGUCAUAACCCUUGAAGCAGACUCUCAGAGCCAUGGGCAGGUGGCAGUGGGACUGUUUCCCUCCCCAAAUUGUAGUAGCUAGGUCCUGAGAAGCUUCUGUGCAUAGCCUCUAUGGGGAUUCCUCUAGGUCUCCUCAUCAGGUAUUCUUUUUUUCCCUUUAGCAUUUGACUUUUUAAUUUUCUUCUUUUUUUUUCUUCUUUCUGCUGCUGUGGGCCUUAAAACCAGCAUGGCUAGAAUACCUGUCCCAUCCAUAUUGUAACUCAGAGGAAUAGGAGAUUUCAUUCCCUUGACUUACUGAAAUUGUUGGAAUUGCACACACCAGUGAACUAGGGUUUUUCCUAAGGUACAGCAACAUUUCUCCAUGCCUUAUACGAGAUCCCUGGCAGCUUCCUGGACAUCCAAAUGCCACACCAUACAGCCAGAAUAAAGAUUCCCUGAACUGUUAAUAUUAGCAAAGAAUGGCAGUCUAAGGAAGUAGCUUUGAAGAACCAUGAUUCCACGUGGACAUUACACACAUUUUUCAAACACCUCACAGACCAAGUUGCCAUAUUGGGAAGGUGGAUAUCACUUCAUCACCAUAUUCCAAAGGAUUCUGGUAAAGGGUUUACAGAGAGAAUAUUCAGUUGCCCUGAGCUUCUGGCAACAAGAAAAGAAGGUUUUCAUGGCGAGUCUAUUUAUGAGCCGAGCAUCUCACUAUUGAAGAAGGUGCCUGUAGCCUGUGAGAGUGACAUUUUUGCAGGCAUCCUACUAAGAUGAAUGAGGUUAUCCACAUGUGGAUAAAGUGUAUGAGGCUGGAUGCUGAAUGUGCUGUGACUAAUACAGCGAUCCUUAAGUCUAUUCUUUGCAGAUUUUUCUGUGGCAAUCCCAUGGGUACAUGGUAAGAUCACUCAUUCUUAGGGUGCCUCGAGAUCAUUAAAAUACCUGAUUUUGCUCCAGGUUUAUGUCAUGAUUUGAAACCUCAUGGCCAUGACACCGAACCCCAGUGAAACCAGAUGCUGCCACAGGAUGGCAUUUUCUCCCCCAGAUGCUUAUAGAUGUUGGUUAUUACCACAUCAUGUGGCCCCAGGGUAGUCAGAAUCAAAGGGACACCAGCUAUGAUUUCCUGAAAAUUGUAGCCCUUUGAAGAGAGGCAGAUGAGCAUGAAGACUAUGUUAGAUAUCCAUCAAAGCAAAUGCACCACUAAGAAAAUGUUGUUGUUAUUGCAAUUCUCUCUGUAAAGAUCAUAAGUCAAAUGUACUCAGUGAGGAAGGAGGGACCCCUGCAAUUUAUUUAAUGUCAAUGGGAUGAAACUUGCCUAUUAUAUACUGUUAGUCUUGAACAAGAAUAUUUGAUCUUAUGAGCCAUAGGAGGUUGGAUGAGGCCCUGCCAUCAUCCCAAUGUGGCCAUAAAAGCCUGACCAUAGCCUUCACCUUUGACUGUGUCCUCUGUUCUGCCUCAUCACUGCAAGGAAUCAUGUCUUUCAGGGAAAGGAAGGGAUGGACUUUGUAAAGUACUCUUUAAAUAUGCACAAUUCCUUUCUAAACCCGAACUGUGUCUAUCUGUUACCUCUGUUGCCCACCCAGGUGUUUGUGAGCCCCAGCCAUUAUUCUCCUGUCUCACCACCUCCUGUAGCCCCUGUUCUUUAGUGUGUUUACUUAAAAAAAAUUAGUGUGGUCGGGAGUAAACAAAAAAGACUUUUUGCUCUUAUUUUUUAUAAAUGUAAAUUUUGUAAAUAUCCAUUGAGGUCAAUAACUUUGAGAAGGGAAGGUUUAUUCUUUGGACAACUUGGAAGAUUGCCUAACAGCUCUCCCCUGUUUCUCUUUGUUUUAGAGCUUUUGAUAGGAUGUCACUCUUGAUUCCAAAGGACUUUUAUCAUGUAGGGUAUCACUACUACACUGUCCCUUUUUCCUCCAAAAGAAUGGAGGCUUUUGUCCUCCCUCUUUGGGUAAUGUCUUCUAAACAGAUUCAUGGCAUGACAAAAUGAUUAUUCACUUUUCAGGAGGAUGCAUUGUAGGAUUCUUUUAAAUACUGAAUUCCCUUCAUGCGAAUCUGCAUCCACAAAAUCAAUAUGUGUACACACACACACACACACACACACACACACACACACGCACGCACAAGUUUUCAAGACCACGUUUGUUGUAUAAAGUUAGUGUUCACUUUAAAUGGCAGGACAGCCAUGAAGUUAGCAGUCUGCAAAACAAAACCUAGUUAGAGUCCUGAGAUGCCGUCCAACUCCAUAGGACAGAGGCAGGGAGGAUCCCUUGCCACCCUUUCUCCUUUUAAACAGUGUGAGAUUUUUACCACUUUUUCUGUAUGUGAAAUCUGUAAGUCAUUCAGUCUCAAAUGAGAACAUGUAAAUUGACCCAGCCAGUCUGUAUUGGUCUAUGCUGUCCAAUACAUUAUUUAGUUAGCAAGUCCUUAGUAUAGUCAGUAGAAAGUGGCAUUUGACAUCUGGAAGAUUCCAAUCUAGCUUCAGAUACUUUCUAUCUAUGUGACCUUAGAGAAGUCACCCAAACACUCAGCCUCAGUUUCUUCAUAUGUAAAAUGAAAAUAAUAAUACCGGUAACACUUAAUACACAGGAUUGUUGAGGGGUUCAAAUCAGAUUAUAUGAAAUGCUUUGCAUCCUUCAGAGUUCUAUUUAAAUGUUAGCAACUAUUAUAAUUAUUAUUAUUUAUUUUAUUAUUUAGUAGUAUUAAUUCAAGCAGAAACCACAUGGUAUAGGUGGUAAAGAGCUAGUCUGGAAACCUGGAAGAUCUUGCCUCCAGUCCUGCCACCGACACAUUCUGGUGUGUGGCCCUGAGCAAGUCACUUAAAAUUUCACUGUUUUAGGAAACCUUCUAAAAACCCUAAGUGGUAGAAAAUGUGUCCUAUUUGCAUUAGUCAAGGGAGGUUUCCUCACCUGGAAGCUCCCUAUAUCAAUGAAAUAAUAGUUCCUAGGUAUACAACACUGCCAGGUGAUGGAUGACAGGUGUAAUUAGUUUGCUCAGCAGACAGAGCACCAGGCCUGGAGUCAAGAAUAUUCCUCUUCCUAAAAUUAAAUCUGGCCUCAGACUCUUACUAGCUGUGUGACCCUGGGUGAGUCACUAUUAGCCUCCAUUCUUCAGCUAUGAAAUGAGCUGGAGAAAGAAAUGGCAAACCACUCCAGUAUCUAUGCCAAGAAAAGUCCACCUGGGGACGUGAAGAGUCAGACACAAAUGAAAUGACUGAAAAACAACAGGUGACAACAGAACCUCAAGCACCACCUUGGCAGCAAUGAGAUGCUUAGGAAGUCUUUUUCUUUACAAAGGGUUCUUUUAGCAAUAUCUGAAGACAACUUGAGAAUACUUUGAUUGAGACAACAGAAUCCUAAACGUUAGAGAUUGUUCCCUGGAUGGCCUAUCCUUUCUGUUUGUUCCUUUGUCAUCUUCUUCCUUAUCUAUCCAGAAAAGGGUUAGUGCUUCAGACACUUGACAUUCCAUUCUGUGCCUGUGGAGAGAAGGUUAGAAACUUAAAAGGACAGGAAGCAAGCUGUGCCCUCUGCACUCUGACCAUCAUCCUCUCAUAGACACCCAUGCUCAGCUAACACAAUCCUUCCCUCCUUUAAGGAUAAGCUAUUUUAUAACAACUACCCAUUGCAGAGAUAAGAGAAGUAAGAAAUAAGACUGCAGAGCAACUUCUUGGAAAGGGUCAGGCUUCAGAGAUUGGGACAAGAUUAUAAGACACUGUCCAAUCCCCAAUGUUAAAAAAUAAAAUUGUUCCCUGCUAUUAGGACAUUUCAUUUCCCCCCAAAGUAAUUGAUCCAAGAAUGUGGUUUGAGUUCUCUGGGCAAAUAUAUGUCUUCUCUAAGCCAACCUGUCAAUGGGUGCCUUUGUCAUAGAACUAGAGGCCACCUAAUCUAAUCCCUUCAAUGAGGAAACUUAAGUCCAGUAAAGUUUAGCUGCCUAAGGUUAAACAAAUGAAAGACAGAAUUUGAGACUAUUCCCAUGAUAUUGCACUGCUUCCUAGUUCUUUAAGGUUUAUGUAAAAAUCUGUUUCUCUUCUUGCCAUAGAAAGACCUUCCAUCCCCACAUCAGAUCCCUGGUCUAUCUAUAGUUUAGGGACUAUGACCUCUUUGAGCCAAAGAUAGAACUAGAGGCUAAGGAGUAGGAAUUUCUGAGGAGCAGGUAUGGCUUUCCAUCUCCAAACAAUAUGGACUUCUGUCCUUUGUAUUCUCCAUCUUGGAUUUAUUGAAGAAGUCAUCCAUCACACUCAGAGAAACCUGGUUGCCACUGAUUUUUUUAAUGAAUUUUUACUGAUAUCUUUGGGGUUUUUAUUUGUCUCACUAUCUUUUUCCCUCUCCCCCAAGAGUCAUCCCAUACAACAAAUAAUAUUUUUAAACAAAAAAGAGAGGAAACCCACAAACUAAUUAAUACAUUGAAAAAGUCUGAAAGCAUUGCAUCUAUGGAACUCUCAUCUCUGCAAAGGAAAGGAAUGGAGGGUCUUCUUGGUGCUUGUUCUUUGAAAUUUCACAAUGCCUUUUAAUUGCUUGGACAGUUUUCUUUCUAUUUAGAUUGUUACAAUAGUCAUUGAAAAUGUCAUUUUCUGUGAUGACUACAAAGAAAUGUGGGAAGCAUAAUGUUGUGUAAAUCUUCCCAUGAUUCUUUGUAGUCAUCAUAUUUUUUCAUUUGUUAUGCACAAUCAUAUUCCAUUAUAUUUUCACGUACCAUAGUUAUUUAGCCAUUCCCAACUGAUAGGAAUUUAUUUUCUUAAGAAUUCUUGGCUAUCACAUAAAAAAGUGAUGCUAUAAAUAUUUUGGUGUAUAUCAGGACUUUCUUCUUAUCCCUUAUAGAAGAUAUCAAUAGUAAUCUACUAAUGAAAUCUCUGGGUUUCAGUGUUUGAAGAUUUUAGUCACUUUAUUUGCACAAUUAUAAAUUACUUUCCAAAAUGGCUGUACUGAUUCAUAGCUCCACUAACAAUAAAUCCAUGUGCCUAUUUUCCUACAACCCUUCCAAAAUGAGCUAACUGUGUCAUCUUUGCUAAUUAGCUAUGUGACAGGUCAAAUGUCAGGGCUGUUUUGAUUGGCAUUUCUCUUAUUAUUAGUGAUUGAGAUCAUUCUUUUAUAUGGUUGUUCAGAGUUUACAUUGCUUCUUUUGAGAACUGUUUAUUAAUAUCCUUUAACCAUUUAUGUAAUGGGGAAUGGCUUUAGGAUGUGUGUACAUAUACACACAAAUGCAUAUCAUUCAUUAGUUUACAUAUAUCAGAUAACAAAUCCUUAUCAAAGAAACCUGAAGCAAAAAUCUUUUCCCAUUUGAUCUGAUCUUCAUUUUUAAGUGCUUGUCUUGGCCUCAAAUUACUAGAUGGACCUACCCCUCCCUUACUUCUUCUAUCCAUCUUCCUUUCUCCCAUGGACAUGCUCAUUCCUCUUGCUUGAUUCAUUAUAGUGCAUUGCAGUCUGCUUGGUAUUCCACUUAUGCUACUCUCCAAUCUCCCUUCUUGUCUCCUUAUCUAUUACUUUCCAGAUUUUUUCAGGCCCAUAUUAUCUCAGGUCACAGUACCUCAGCUAGGUUAUUCCCAAAAAGCAAAAGACAAAACAUCCUAUAUUUCUAGGAAAGGAGAUGGAGAAACAAAAGCAACUAUUUUUUUAAAACAAGGAUUGCACAUCCUAGGCAACUGAUUUUUAGCCAUUACUACAAUGUAUUCAGAGACUUAGAAACCUUGAUUUGAUCUCUUGAGGAGGAUAAAAAAGGAAAGCUACCUCUGAGCUUCUCAGGAGCUUUCUGAGGGGGGGUUUUCUUGCUUUAGUCAGGAUAACUCAGAACAUCUCAAUGGCAGUCAACCACCCAAGCAAAGCGAAAUUGCCUUUUAUUGUGCUGGAGGCAUAUAAGCUGCAGAUGAAAAGGCCUUAUGGAAUCACUGUGGAGAACUAGGUCAAUAAGUUUUCAUGUUAGGAAGAAUGAGCAGUAUCCAAUGUAUUUAUACCACUUCUUGGUCUUGCUUUGGGACCUCUCUUUUCCAUUGACCAAAAACCUGUGAACUAAAGGACUCUGGAAAACUGCAAUGAAGCAAAGUCAUUCUGAAUAUAUUUUUCAAUAAGGGGGCUAUGAAGGUAUUGAUUCAUUUAUUGGGACACAUUUUAUCCAAAUGGCACAUAUAAUUUAAGUUUCAGGGUUAUAUUAAUACUGAUGUCCCCUUUUUUUCUGUCAACAGUGAAUACAUGAAUACAUUCAGUCCCAAACACCACCUUUGGGGACCUGAUCUCUGGGACUGCUGCUAGAAUAUCCUGGCCUCCCACAUUCACAUACAUGUAUCUACCUCACGCUUACAGCCACAUCUCAGCUUGUUCCAAGAAUCCUCCAUGCCUACAUUAGUGCCUUUGGAAAUAGAAACAGUUGAUCUCAGAUGACAGUUCAUCUGUCUUCCUGUCUUCCCUGACCCAGGGACCCUGAACAGAGUAACUCUCUAGAGUGGAAAUUCAUUUUAACAUGACUUUAUGAGUCCCAGAAUUGGAUGGAUCAUUCUGCUUCCCCAGAUCUCCUCAUAGCACCCACCAAAAUCAUCAUGUGUUCUGUCCCCUUUAUCAUAAAGAGGGUUCUUUGGCACUAACAUUAAAAGCAGCUCCAGAGCAUCUAUAGAUACUAAUAAUAGGAGUUUAAAACACAGGCACUUGCAUGAAUUUGCCAUUUGUAUCCAAAGGUGUCAGUUCCUAGGAGGAUAAGUGGACAUUAUUUUUUUUAAUAUUGAGGGUUUACUUCUUUUCCAGGGGUGUCAACCAUAAAAGAGUGCAUGAAUUCAGGCACUUGAUGCUCAGAUCACAAGGUCAGAUUUCUUCAGAAACGGACUGAUGGACUCCCAGUUCUCAGCCACACUGAAAGAAAAAAUACAAAUGAUGCUUCCAGAUUUAGGGGUACUUUUUGAACCCUUUGUCAUUGUGACCCCCAUCAGAACUAAAUGUCCCUUUAGCCCCAAAGGAACCCCUGGAAGAAGGUAGAGAUGUGUAUAUGGUCAUUAAGUCUGACUAGCUCCUAUUCUCACAAGUGGGGAGGUUGUUUUGUCACUUUUUAAAACAUAUUUAUAUCAGCUUUACUCAAUUGAGAAGCACAGCAUUUAAGGUGAAUUUUUCAACUCAUAGGAGAGGCCACAUUUAGGGUUCAGGGCAACUAUGACAUAGCGGUUUCUCCAAAAUAUGCUGUUGUCUCAAUUUAAUUCCAGUACCUAUUACAGUGUGUGCCCCAAAUGGCAAAUAUGUGGGAAUAUAAGUGAAAAAUAAAAUUGUGGCUUGCCCUCAAAGAGCUUAUAGUCUACUAUAAUUUACAAUCCUUCUAGACAGGUGGAGUAAAAGUGACAGGGACAAAGCUGGCUCUGUGUCACUGUGUCCAUUAAGGAGAGAGCAUUGCAAAGCAAAGCAGAGUCCAGUCCAAUUCAGGCAGUAUUCUGAUCAAGGUAGGUGGUGGGGGAAAGCUGAGGGAAACUAGCAUCCUUAGAAAAGUUUGGGCAAUUGUUUCUCCUUGGAAGUUUUGCCAACUCUCCUCUCCAGUCCCUGUGAUAAGAUAUUUGUUUCCCUUCUCUGUCUACUUCUCUUAGCUUGUUUUUCUCUCUCCUCUUUUCCUAUCUGGCUUUCUUUGCAUCCCUUUUUCUUCCUUCCUUUUAUUUUCUUCCUUUUGCUUUGGAGGGACCCCUUAGACCCCCUCAGCAUUAACCAGAAAUUCGAGGGACAGCCCAGACCUCCCCAGGCAGUCCCCAUCUCUGGAUGAUUCUGAUUUGCCACAUAGCUUCCACAGGACAAACUUGAUGGAUUCUUCAUGUCAGUGCCAGAUUGAUGUUCUCUGCCUGGUUCUCUUGAAGUUUCUCUAGUGAGGUCACAAAGAAUAUGUCUACCUCCUUGUAUAGUAACAUCAAGGCCAGAGUAUUCUUAAAUACCCUGGUACUGGCUGAUUGCUUUUUUGUGUAAAAGGAUUAUUUUCCAUCUAUCUCUCAUAAAAAGAACUCCCUAGGUGAAAAAUAAACUUGAAUGAAAAAUAUACAAACUCUAGUGUUUCUCAUCAAUAUUACAGCAAAAGAACCAGAUGAAAAGUGAACUUUCUGGCCCCGUCAGUUUCUGUCUACACCUGCAUUAUGUGUCAUGUUCUUGUUACUAAUUUCAUGGAAUCUAUUCUUUUUGCCUUAUCUAAUUUCAUAAGGACCUAAGCAGCUUCUCUUGCAUCAGGAUUACAGCAGGGAAAGGGAACUAUUUAGCCAAAUUUGGUUUUCAUUAAGAAAGAGAGUUGAUAUGAUUAUUCACUUUUCAGAAGGAUUAUCAGUGCAGUUUUCCCUCUGUUCUAGAGCAUAGAAAAUGUGUUUACAUGGACAAAGAGGUGGCUUAUACACACAGUGUUUGCAGGCACCAGAAUGUGAUGCAGAAUGAGAAGCCUUCCUUUCUGUAUUUCUUAAGCACCCCCUCCUCAGGGUCCUGAUGGCUUCUUGAAAUUGGAUACCCACUGGAGCAUAAAUACUCAAUGAGCUCAACUGUCCUCGCUUGAAGGGAAAUAUUGUUCCUUUCCUUUCUUUCUUAGAGUCAAUGGAAUGGCCCUGGUUUUACAGGGCUUGUCUUGUACUCUGUCAAGCAAUAACUGUCCUCAGAGUCACCUAGAAUGCCACCUGUCCUUUGUCCCCAAUUCCAUGACCUCAUCAGAAUAUUUUCUACCCUGACAGAUGUCCUGCAUCCUUACUUGGAAAGAUGGGAGAAUCAGCAUCUCUUGAAACAUAACACAAAGGGAAAUUCUGAAAAUGUAACAAGCAAAAUCAUCUCCUCCUACCUCCACACAAACACAUUCCCUUCAUCCAUGGCAGCUGAAACCUUGGUCCAUGUUUGGAGGGUGGGCCUCACCUGAGAAGAUUUUGUGCAAGGGGAGCUCAGCUUGGAAUGAGUUGCUUUGGCGUUCAUUGAUUAAGUUUUAUAAAGAGAAGACUUCCCAAAAUAAAAUAUCCCUGCAGGGGGCCAUCAGUGGGUCAGUUCUCAUUUCAGUGGCUUCAUUACUUCAUUACUUUUAGCUAAUAGUGUAGAUGACACAUAUGAAUUAAGUAUCAAACACUGCAUAUUAAUGAAUAUUUUGAAUAUGACUCUCUCCAUCUUUCUUUCUCAUCUCUCUUCCUUGUUCUUCCUCUCCUGCCUCCUUUAUUUUCGCUGCAGUUGACCUGACACCAUUUUCCAUGCAGCUUCUCUUAAGACAUCCAGUUUUUGCUCUUUUGUCAUUAGUUUUAGCAUAUUGCUUUUAUAUUAUGUUUUAUGAAGUUACCAGGUGUUAUGAUUUAAAGACAGGACUCAGUCACGGAGUUUUGCUGAAGUGAUUUGUCUCACAGUUUCUUAGGAUCAUUUAAUUGAACAGUCCCUGAAAAUGUGAACCUGGCCAUAUACCAUGUCUCCAGUUUAGAUUUGCCCUGUCCCUCACUUCAGAAAUCUUUCAACUAUUUUAUGUCAUUAUUCUGAGCAGUUGUGUAGACUCCAAAAUAGAUAUAUUUCUGUAAUCACCAGUACUUCUCAAAAGGCCUCCUGUAAUUACUAUACAUGUGACUUUUUCCUUAUUUAUAAAAUAUAUAAAUUAUUUUUAAUACAUCAACUUUAGUAGAACUUUGUACCAACACAGUAUCAGUAUGUGGCAUUUGAGCUGUUUGUGUUUCCUUUGCCGUAUUCUGUGGUAUUGAACACAUAAUGUAUUUGCAGAAACACUUGGUAUAAAGAAGAUGAAUCAUAGACUCUCAUAAAGUAUUGUCAUUGUAAAUGCUCUUUUUCUGAGAAUUUUACAAUAAAACUGGUCAAGAUUUUACCUUUA